AAACAGAGGAGGAGGAGGAGGAGGAGGACACUCCUUGGACCUGGCUGGCUCCUCCUGCUCUCGCUCGAGGCUCCGACGCCCAGCCAAAAGCGAAUCCCGGCGGCAGCGCUCGGCAGAGGCUCCGAAGUCUCCCGGCCCCGCUGCUCGCCCAAGCGUCCGCCCCGCGCCCGCGUCCCAGCCAUGGCAAGAAACCACCAAGUGCAGAAGGCCAAGCUGGCCGAGCAGGCUGAGCGCUACGAGGACAUGGCAGACUUCAUGAAGGCGGUGGUGGAGCACGGGGACGAGCUCUCCAACGAGGAGCGCAACCUCCUGUCGGUCGCCUACAAGAACGUGGUGGGCUGCCAGCGCUCGGCCUGGAGGGUCAUCUCCAGCAUCGAGCACAAAACCGAAGAGGGCGACGACAAAGCUCAGGUGGUGAACGAGUACCGGGAGAAGGUGGAGCAGGAGCUGAACGCCGUCUGCAACAACGUCCUGGGCUUGCUGGACAAGUAUCUCAUCAAGAAGGACAGCGACACCGAGAGCAAGGUCUUCUACCUGAAGAUGAAGGGUGACUACUUCCGAUACCUGGCCGAGGUGGCCAGCGGGGACGACCGGCUGUCGACGAUAGAGAAGGCCCAGGAGGCCUACCAAGAGGCCAUGGACAUCAGCAAAAAGGAGAUGCAGCCCACGAACCCCAUCCGCCUGGGGCUGGCCCUCAACUUCUCGGUGUUCCACUACGAGAUCGCCAAUGCCCCCGAGCAGGCCAUCUCCCUGGCCAAGACCACCUUUGACGAGGCCAUGGGCGACCUGCACACGCUCAGCGAAGACUCCUACAAGGACAGCACCCUCAUCAUGCAGCUGCUCAGGGACAACCUCACGCUAUGGACAGCCGAGUGCGCCGGAGAAGACGGCGGCGAGGCUGGCGAAGAGCCCAAGAACUGAACGUCCCCUGCCGAGCCGGGGACCGGCCCCCACCUGCCCCUGCUCCAGACCCUGCGGCAUCUCUUCGUGGGUUUUUUUUUUGUUUUGUUUUUUUUUUGUUUCGUUUUGUUUGGUUUUUU